AGCUCCGGGAGGUGUUUGAGGACGUGGCAGUGUAUUUCAUACGGGAGGAGUGGGAGCUGCUGGAAGAGGAGGACAAGGGGCUUUACCGGGACCAGAUGCUGAGGAACUACCAAGCCCUCGUUUCCCUCGGAUAUCGAGGUCCCACACCUGACUUGAUCUGCCGCAUCCAGCGAGAACAGGUCGAGCUCUGGGUCUGUGAUGAUGUGUACUGUGGGGCAAUCUUGAGGCCGGAGGACCUGCUGUCAGGACAUGCCUGGUUGCUGAGCAGAACCAAGGAGCAGGGUCCUGAGGAAGGGCCUGGAAAGCUAGAGCCACCAUGGGCUUCCCUGGGGAGUAUGGGUGAGGUGGAUUCCCUGAGGCCAGCGAAGGACCAGUGGCACAAGGGCCAGGGGAUGCCCCAAAAGCAGGAGAAUGUAGCAGUGAACGAGGUCCCAUCUCUAGUUCGGCGUUGGAGUGAAGAAGGGGAACAAGCCCGAAACAGCCCAAGGUGCAGGGAUGAAUAUGUCAUGCUGAGACACCAGAAGAGAACGAAAGGAAAGGCGCACUGGAGAGAGACACUGCAUGCAAACCAGGGCAGUGUGGAGGAGCUGGUAGUGAGGCAGGAGCUUGCUACCAAGCCCAGGGGGAGAGGCCACUCCUGCCCUCAGUGCAGGAAAAGCUUUAGUUGCCCCUCGCGCCUGGCUCUGCACAAGAUAAGACAUGCUAGGAAGAAGCCCCAUGUAUGUGCCAUGUGUGGGAAGCGCUUUACCUGCCUCUCGACCCUGGCUGCUCACCACCAGGUCCAUUCUGGACAGCUCCCCCACCGCUUCACCAAAAGGGGGAAGAGCUUUGUGCGCAGCUUGGAGCUGCUCAAAAAACAACAUGUGCACAGGAAGAAGCGUCAAUACUGCUGUGUCACAUGUGGUAAGACCUUCACCCAUUUCUUCUCCCUGGUUCAGCACCGUCGGAUGCACUUGGGGAGGAAGACGCACCGCUGCAACAAGUGCAGGAAGAACUUCAUCAGCUGGCAAAAGUUGUCCCAGCACCGGUGUGUGCAGAAGAGGCAGCAACCACACUGCUGCACAAAGUGUGGGAUGAGCUUCAGGCAGCCCUACAGCCUGGCCAGGCACAGGUGCAUGCACACACGGGAGAAGCCACAUCGUUGUUCUGUGUGUGGGAAGAGUUUUGCUCAGUCCUCCACCCUUACCCUGCACCAGGCCCUCCACACAGGGGAGAAGCCACAUCGCUGUUCUGAGUGUGGCAAGAGUUUCACCCAAUCCUCCCACCUGACCAGACACCAGCUCAUCCACACAGGGGAGAAGCCACAUCAGUGCUCUGAGUAUUGGAAAAACUUCCCCCAUCUCUCCCACCUGAACCAGUAUCAGCACAUCCACACCCAGAAGCAUCUCUAUUUCUGCCAGCCGUGCAGGAAGCCCUGGGAGAUGUCUGCCUGCUCAGCACCCACCAGUGCUGCAUUCGGACAAGCACCCUCAUGCUGGUGACCUGAACAAAGAGUUCCCCCAGGCUUUGUCCCUUGUAGGGCACAGUGGGAGUCCAGAACCCAGACGCUCACCCCCAAGUUUUGAUUGUGGGGAAGGGGUAAGAAGAAACACCUCAGGCAGAGAUCAGCCCCAACGAAGGGGAGAUGAGAUUUUUUUUUUUGUAAAAAUAUAUUUCUCUCUCUAUA